GACGGUGGCACAGUACCCAUGCGCGUGACAUAACGCGCCGGUAUGUAACGCGACGGCGACGCGACCUGCCUCCUUCUCUACUUUCAUUUCGUUUGUUGCGUGUCCGCACCGCACUUUACGCCCUACAACAGUGCUGAACGCAUUCUAACUGCCGCCAUGCCCCCGAAGCGCAAAUCUACCGACGGAGUCGCCUCUACCUCCAAGAAGGCGCGUAGCGCAGUCGACCACGCGCCCGCCGCGGCUCUGGCGUCUGGAGUUCUGGCAGCCCCAGAUACGUAUCCUAUAUCGGAAGACGAUGUGGAUGUACGAGCGCUGCUAGUACAGCUUGCUCAGUAUGCAAAAUACUUGGAGGGUCAGGUGGAAGCGGGCGCAAGUGCGAGCGGUGGUGCCCCGGCUGUCGCAGGCGCGAGGCAGAAGACACAGGAGGAGCUGGAGGAGGCCGCAGAGAAGAUCAGGAAAGCAGCGCAGAGUGGUAUUAAGAAGCAGAUGACGUGGAAGCCGUCCUGCAAAUCCAAUUCCGCAAAGUGGACGUACGACGGGAUUUGUCCUGACCCUGCGGUGUUUGGAGUGCUCAUGGGUCUAGACGGCCCACCGAAGUUCAAGCAGAAGAAGUUCGCCAAGGACGAAUUCCAGGACCUCAUCGGGCAGUGUGAGGGUCAUGCCAGGUACAAUGAUCUCUAUAUCUCGGGCGAGCAUGUUAACGUCCGCUGGUCCGACACCGGCGAAUUCAAAUUUAGCGGGACGUACGGAAUCUCCUAGAUGUCCAGAGCAAGGUUGAAGACCCAAUGGCGGAGGGGACCCCUACCCAGUGCUAAUCAUAUCGUAUUGUCGGUGUAAAUACACAACAUCUCAGCUAAAGUACCGCAUGCAAAGUGAUAAUCGGUGAUGAUGUGUGCCCUCUUACCACAUUUCCGUGGUCCUGGGAAAGGCUCGUUCAUCUUAUACAG